UUUCUCCCUCCCUGUCUAGGAGUUGCCUCCCUGACUAUAAACUGGUGGUUAAACUUUGCGUCAGCCCCCUUUUUCCAGCACAAACACUUCUCUGUUCCUCUCGUGCAGCCAUCUCUGCAGACAUGUCCGAGCUGGAGAACUGCAUGGAGUCCUUGAUUAUGCUCUUCCACCGAUAUGCAGAAGAAGACAGUGAUAAACAGUACUUAAACAAGAAGGAACUAAAAAAACUUAUUGAAACUGAGCUGCCCAACUUCCUGAAGAAUCAGAAGGACCCAAAAGCAGUGGACAGAAUCAUGACUGACCUGGAUCGCAACAAAGAUCAAAAGUUGGACUUUGAAGAAUUUCUUCCACUUGUCGCCGGCCUCUCGAUUGCCUGCGAGAAAUGUUUUCGGUUCUACAAGAAGAAAGAAAUAAAAGGAAAAGGAAAAAAUUAGAAGAAAACACUGGCACACAAACAUGCCAAACUCCAAAUGCUACCACUGUUAAGAUUUUACCUUCUCUAUGUCUGAUUGCAUUGUUUUCUUUAAUACUUGUCAUGUUUCAUACAAGAUAUUAAAGAAUUUUAAAUAAUC